ACCAUUCUGAGCAUGUUGAAUCCAAUCUGUAGAACCUAUAAGACAAAAAUUGAUGUAAACCGAAAGUAAAGGUUUUUCCCUAGAAUCAUUAUAACCUCAGAUGGGUAUGUUUUACUGCCCAGAGGACAUCCCAAGUUGGAAUCUGGCGUCACAAAGAUUACAAUGUGUAGAACCUAACUACUAUCACUGUCUGACAAAUGAAAAUGACGACGCAACAGAGCAGUGCCUCAGCAGAGUCUGGAUUCAAAAAGAUAUGUGCCCAGAGUAUAACUCAGAGGCCGGUAGGAUCGAUGCUACAGCAUGUCUGCUUGAUGGCUGUCCUAACAGUACAUUCUGGUCUAAUGAAGUAUACAAAUUUUCCGUGUGCCUGGAUAGGACUAGAAUAGCAAGCACACUCAGUUUUCAGCACAUGACGACUACAGAAGCCGACCCUCAGGACUCUAUCAAUCUCAUAGUUAUUAUUGUUGUCAUCGCCUGCAUGGUACUUCUAAUAUCCACUGUCUCUGUUGUGAUAUGUAUUGUGUUGAAAAGAAGAAAACAAACAGAUAACAAUCUAAACACAGAAGAAGAUAUUGCACUCAAUGACUCAGAUAAGAGAGGUUUGAGAAAUAAGGAUGAAAAUGAGAAAUAUUUCAACAUCAGGGAAAACCAUCAUGCACUGACUCCAAAAACACGAGGAAAUGUUAAAAUAUCUCAUGAAGAUGAGGAUACACGACUCAUUAGCGAUACAGACGAAAGAGAGAACUACACAAAUAUCAAUUUUGAUAUUUCACGUGUGUGGGUGAUUGUCACUAAAGACACGAUUCAAACUGCAAAAUUACUACAGCCAAUAAUCCAAAGGUAUGGCGUCUCUAAGCUUGCCUACAUUAACAAUACACCAGGGAGUUGGAAAGCCGAAUUAAAUCAAAAAGACAUCAUGAUAUUCCGCUCCGGUUACUUUUCAGCUGGAGAACAAAUCACAAAAGAUUUUGAUGAACUUUUUGAUCAUUUAAAAAUUCAUACGGAACUCUGUAUAGUGUUUGAAAUUACUAAACAAAAUUGGCAAAGUCUGAGAAAAGAUAUGAAAUUGAUCCGAAGUGCUAAGGUGAUUCAGAUUUCAGAAUGAACGAAAGAGGUAAUAUUACCCAACGUUUGACUAUACACAGUCAGAUGUAGGACCGGUCGGUUAGAGAAAUGAAUACAGAUUUUAUUUUUACUGAGCCUUACAUUUAGGACGACUUGAGCUGAACUCUGAUAUAUUGAAACAAAUUCAGUGAUAUCAAGUG